AUGGUCGAGCUUGAUGACAGCGCCACCCAACAUGGCGCGCAGGAUAUCGAAGGGCUGCCUCCUUCGGUUAAUGUAUAUCGCUACAAGGAUAUGAAUGACUUUUGCCAGGUCAUGUCACUUGAGCGUUAUCGCCUCAAUGGUCCUUUCCGUGCUGCAGGAAAUACACGAGCACAGGCCACUGAUAGAAGUUGCGAAGGACGGCAAGGGCAUCUUACUAUGCUACCACAGACGGAAUGCACGCAAAGCGACCACACUAUCUUCAUCAUUGAACCUUCAACUUUUGCACACGACUUCCUCAACCCGUUAGCAGAUCUUCCUUUUCGCAGCAAGAUAUCUUACAGUCCGGAAACAAACCUCCUUGUUGUGAAGAUGCCUAGACCAGCCCACGAGCAAGCGACACGGGCUUUUGAAAAUAUGCUCAAAUCGGCUCUUCAACCAAUGGCCCUAGAUAGAGCAAUUUAUUGUUGGGGAUCUACAACAUUGACCGGUGCAGAUGGCACAACCAAGGAGGCAGACGGGGGAUGGAGUCCACGAAGGCCUCCACCCAGAGCUCCAAAGAGGCCUUCGAUUGUUUUGGAAGUUGGAUCGUCGCAAAAUUCUGCAAAACUUCGUCGGGAUGCUCACUACUGGGUAGAUCCAGGAAAAGGGCAAGCAAACAUGGCUAUCACCGUCAAAAUCCACCCCACCAAGCCCCAGAUCAACAUAGAUUCCUGGGAGUGGAGUUUCCAGAGCUCCCGAGCCAUCCAACAUGCCCACUCGACUAUAUCUAAAUCCGAAAGCAAUAUUCUCUUUGAUCCCAACCAACCUGCACCACACCUCCUUAUUCCCUUUGAAUUCCUAUUCCGGCGGGAAGUAAAGGAGCCCAGAGAGGGUGACGUACUUUUGCCGACUCAAGAGCUCAUCGAGUUCGCAACUUUGGUCUGGGAGAUGCAAUUCGAGAAUGAACCAGGAUGA